CCUUUACCACCGCUCUCCCAGCCUCUGUAGUCUUGUACGCGUCCCAUCUGUGCCCCCUGUUCAUACGAGAAUCUACGCAGCCAAAAACACCCUACUAACCAUGUCCGACACCCCCACCACCCCGACCGUCCGCAUCUCGCAGAAGAGGAAGAAAACGAAGUCCACGAAGAAAACUCCUGAGCACGACGAUGUUACCUUACCCGACUCCACCUCCGCCGCGCUUACUGAGAAGGCCCCGACGGAGGCGGAUGUGAAGGAGGGCUCGGUCGCGCCCGAGCUGGUCGCGCAGCCUGAGGCACCGCAGGCUCAGACACCGGUGGAGGAUCCGGCACUGAAAGUGACACCCAUCGUCGACAUGCUCAAUAAGCGAUUGAAGCAGAUACAAAAGAAGAUGGCACGAAUCGAACAGUACUCGUCUUUGCCACCGGACAAGCUCAACGACGAUCAGAGGCGAUUAUUGACGACCCUGCCAAGUCUGGAGGCGACGCGGAAAGAGUUGGAGGACGUGAAGAAGGUCAUCAUUACGCACGAGGCGGAGGUUGCUCAAGAGUUGGCAGUCAAACAGGCUGAGGCUGCCAGAGCUGAGAGGGAACGUCUGGCUGAGGUGGUUGCGGCUGCUGAGGACACGUACCAGCGAAAGACUGCCGACCUCAUCCACUUCCUGCGCCUGAGAGACCUCCUGUCUCAAGGACACCCAGCCGUUACCAAUCUUGGCAUCGAACAGUCUGAGGGCAUGGCAAUCUACCAUGUCACAGACAGGCUCUUCAGCGACGAGAGUGAGGGCCGCUUGGAGAUCAUCAGCAACUUCGUGACCGCAGAAGGCGAAGUGCACGGAGUUCCUUACUCACGCCUGGUCGAGAUCACCCAACUCUUCUUGAACCCUCCUGCACACGAGGAGCUACCAGUCGAAGAGCCUCAGGAAGUUGAACCGGAGGUUCCGGAGCCUGUGGAGGUUCCCGUUAGCGGACUAUCCUCUGUCAUUGGUGCAGCGCCUACUGGUGGCUUCCACUUCAUGCAAGAAGACGAGCUGGAACAGGCCGUUGAACCUGAGCCCGUGCAGGAGGAAGUUGUCGAACAACCUGCGCAAGUGGAGGUCGUCGAGGCUGUGGUCGAGGCAGAGGUUAACGGUCACGCUGUUGUGGAGGAGUCGAUUACCGUCACCACAACAACAGAGGUUCCUGAAAUCCCUACCACGAAUGGAGUGAUUAACUGGGCGGACGAAGACGAGCAGGGCCUCCCGUCCAUCGGUAGCCUGCAUGCGCAGUUCGGUACCUCCAGAGAUAUGACACCCGCCUCUGAAGCUCCUGCAGAGCGUAGCGCACCGCCAUCACCAAUGCCAAAUGGUGUGCAGACGAACGGACAUGUUCCUCAUCCAGAUGACGAUGGCUUCAGGCCCAUGCCCCCAAGGGGCCGUAGCCGUGGUGGCCGUGGCUUCAGAGGUGACCGCGGUGGCUUCCGAGGUGACCGUGGUGGCUUCCGAGGAGGCCGUGGUGGCGAACGUGGUGGUUUCCGCGGAGGAUACCGUGGCGGCGACCGUGGUGGUGACCGUGGCGGUGACCGUGGUGGUUUCCGUGGCAAGCCGCACGGAGAAUGGCGAGGAGGUUCUGACGGCGAAUUCCGUGGGCGCGGACGCGGACGAGGCCGUGGUUUCCACGACGCGCGCGGUGGCUCCCCUGCUCCCGCAACUCCUGCAUGAACAUGAAGAUACCAGCUGUUGUACACAAAAUGAAUCUGGCACCUGUUGUAUCUGCCUACCUGUCUGUGCUGACCACGAGGCGACUGCUCUGCUCUUGUGCUUGUCUUGAUCCGCUGCUCUGCUCAGUCUCUCCGUCAUCUGUACAUAUCUCUGCUGCAGUCUCUGCCUCUCUGCAAUGCAAUUUCUUUUCCCUCCGUC